CGGAUCCAAGCCGCGGGCGCGACGCAACUGGACGUGAAUCUGUUGAACAGCAUGAUGCUGGAGAUGAAGUUGCUGAACGUCCCCUCUUUGCAGCCUGCGGUGACUGCGAUGCAGAAUUUGGACAUUACGCAGUGGCUGGACCAGGUGAAAACUUGCGCGGCCUCGAACCCGAUUCUGUCCGAGUUCGUGUGCGAGGCGCUGGACAACCCGGCGUUGCAGCCGAACGUCGGGACCGACGAGGCGGUCACGAACAAGCACAUCAAGGACGCGGUGCACUACUCGAUCCUGCUCGACGGCUUCACCAAGGCGAUCUCCGCGGACGCUAUUACAAUGAAAAAUGCCCCCACCCCCAGCUUGGCAGCAUUUGUAUUGCAAACCUUUCCAACAGAAACAUUCCCCGUCUUGCAUAUCUCAGCAUCACAAAUUUUCCAUGCUGAACAGGUCAAAUUUGUGUUGCGAAGUAGCCCAACAGCAGCCGGAUCUGUUAUGCACAAGGCACCUUGCGCACCCAGAUUCUGCAUCAGAAACGCUCGCAAUCCUUUUAUGCAAGACAAAAAGCUUUCAUUUGGAAACUUGGCAUGACAAACUUCUGCAAAUUCCGGGGUCGGGGCAUUUUUCAAUGUAAUAGACGCGAACGGCGGUUCUGGGAUUUUGACCGACGUGUUCAACGCGGUCACCAACAACCGGCCGGCGAACUGGAAGUCGUACUUCAACGCGUUCGAAAUCGCGAAGACGCUGACUAUGGAGCAGGUGGUGCUCGCCUACAUGCCGUCCACGACCUGGGGCGUGGACGACGCCAGUAAGAAGUGCUGUCAGACGGACGUGUCUCAGGUCGCGCUCCGCGUGAACAUCCUCGAGGCGGUUCUGGAGGACAUUCGCCUCGGGUUCCCGGAGAACGCGGACGCGGGCCGGGCCAUGACCGUGGUGCCCUCGAAGAAGAUCUCCACCAGCAAGGCGCACAAGGACUUGUACGAAACUUGGAACCUGGCGUUCGUCUCCCACUACGCCGAGUCGCCCUACUUCUACGCGAAGUUGCUCGCGCCGGCGGUCACCUGCGCGCUGCCGGAGGAGUACCUGUUUCACCGGUCCAUGGCGCUUUUCCUGCACAUCUACGGGGUUUUGUACUCCCGCGUGGCCCGCCAGGCGGGUACCACACCGGUGUACGCGACGACCGACUGGAACAACGCAGCGCUGACGCAGCGCUGGGGCGAAGUCAACAAGGCCACCGCGGAUCCCUGGCUGCUGUCCGAGUCCUUGGGGGUCACGUUUCAGGAAGCAGGUACUAAGUAAGGGUUAGUUUGAAUAAGCAAAGUGUCAUACCAUUCAGAUUUCUACCUGAGUGUACGUACGGAAACUGUAACUUGGAGGCCCGGAUAUGAAAUUUUUUUUUGCUUCGUAAAUCACAGAGGGCAUGAUUUUCUGAAAUAUGAAAAAUCCGCAGGUAAGGGUCUCCGCGUGGACGUCGUGAUCGACGUGGGCGCUGGUAAGAUUCUGACCGGCACCGUGGUUGGAUCCCUCGCGAACGGGGUCUCCGGUCUUGAGUUGCAAGUCACGCCCGAUUUCGGCAAAACCACUCCCGCCGCGUUAGCCCUGAACACCGACGCACCCAGCUGCACUGAUUUGGGCCUUGCCGGCCUGCAGUUCUGCGCGCAGAAGAAGCUGGUCGCCGGCGCGGCCGCCGGCCGCCAGCUCCAGUCCGGCGGCAAGACGCAGGUGGUCACGACGGUGAAGACGGCCAUGGGCAGCUUGCAGUCCCCGGAAAUGCAGGUGUUCGAACUGGAAACGCCGCACCCGUGCCUGCUGCGCGCGUGGCAGUCCGAGGCGGACAACUUCUCCGUGAAGCAGAUUGUCGACAG